UGUGAAUUACAUACCGUAUUAUUCUCCAUUGCCCCUCCACCUCCGCAACAGCGCCAGCGUGUAAGUCACCGGCGGAGAGUGACAGAGCAUGGCCUUCCGAGAUGACAUGUCCUCCCACAACAUUGACAGCAGCGGCGCGACCUUCGAAGACCUGGCCAUCGACGACACGUUGACCGAUUUGGAGCGUGUUGUACGAUACGUUCACAGCAAUAUCGCACUGCAGCGCGUGAUUCAUGUCCGCAUGCUAGAAGAAACCGCGGUCGCGGCCGGUUUUGAGAAGACGGUCGAAGCAAUUGUUCCUGUGCUGGAACCGUUGGUGUCCGACGCCGAGUUCGUCGUGCGGCAACACCUCGCGGGCCAAUUCCCCGGUCUGUGCAAGCACUUGGUCGAGUCGGGCGGAGAUGUCGGAUACAAGCUCGUCCUGGACAAGAUGGUGCCGCUCCUGAACCGCCUGGUCACAGAUGUGCAAGCCGAAGUGCGGCACAUCGCGACGGACUCGGUCGUGCUCGUGGCGGGUGUGAUCAAGCCAGAAGACCAGGGGCAGCAUAUUCUCACGCUGGUGCUUCCCCUGGCGCAUGAAGACGGCGACGAACAGAUGCGCAUCACGGCGCUCACCCUACUCAACAAACUCGCCGUGUUCCUUGGCCCCGAUUUAUGCUGCCAGUUUUGCGUGCCCGAGUUCAUCUCACUAGCAGGCGACCCCGUGUUUCGCGUACGAAAGGCCAUAGCACUCAACUGUGUCCAAGUGUGCACCAUCGCUGGCCCCGUCGUCACCGAAGACCGGCUGCUACCAGCGUUUCUACGCUUGGCCAAAGAUGACAUUUGGGGUGUUCGCAAAGCAUGCGCAGAGUCCCUCAGUGACUUUGCCAUGACGUUAUCAGGGCCGACCCGCGCCCGUGUGCUGGCGCCGCUGUUCUCGACAUUUGCCACGGACCAAUCCAAGUGGGUGCGCAUAGCCGCGUACCAGCAGUUGGGGCCGCUAAUUGCCACGUUAUCCCGCGACGGCGUCUCGGACGUCCUCGUGACAGCGUUCACGAACAUGGCGACGAAGCCGUCGACGCUGCUGCUGGGCGGCGCCGAAGCCGACAUCAAGUUUCAUUGCGCGUACAACUACCCCGCCGUGGCCGCGACUGUGGGGCCGACGCUGUGGGGCCAGCUUGCAGCUGGGUUUGAUGCCCUCACCCACGACGGGUUUUGGAAAGUGCGCCGGACGUUGUCAUAUUCGCUCCACGAAAUGGCAAAGCUUCUCGGCCCCGACCUCACGGACGCGCACCUGGUGCCAGCAUUUGCGUACUUUUUAGACGACAUUGACGACGUCAAGCUCGGGUCGAUCACUCACUUUGGCGAGUUUUUGGCAAGGGUCCCCCCUUCGUCUCGGGCUCGAUUUCUGCCCGAACUCGCGAAAUUCACAGCCCUUCCCCCCAAGUUCAAGCUCAAGUGGCGCAUUCGAGCGGUCGUGGCGGAGCAACUGCCGGCGUUUUGUACCGUGUUUGAAACGUCCGCUACGUUUGACACGGUCGCGCCGCUCGUGUUUGCGUUGAGUCAAGACGACGUUGCGUGUGUUCGGGACGCCAGCAUUGCGGCAAUGCCAUCGUUGUUUGCAUCUGUGAAAGACUCGGCGGAAUGGACAGAUGCCCUCACUAGCCAGCUCUUGGACCUGCAGACGUCGCCCAGCUAUCUCACGCGCCAGACGUUUCUGCGCAUCACCAGGGCCUUCCUCUUGGCGGGCCACGUGGAUGUGUUUGACGCGAGGUUGCGGGCGCCGUUUGUUCAUCUAGCCGCGAUGGACCUCGUGUUGAACGUGCGGCUGCUCGCGGCUCGGAUACUGGUGGACGUGGCGGCAGUGUACGAUGCACCUGCCGAAGUGGUUGCGGCGCUGGGCAAAGAGACGGACGCCGACAUUCAAGCAGUGCUGGCGCAAUUGGCGCAUAAACGAGAAGCAAGGGAGCGGGCCUUGCCGGCAUGAACGUCAAGUUGUUCACAUGUAGACAUGACCAGUAGAAUUCCCAUCGUUUUGAGUCUAUAUUAUAAAUAUCGGGCCCAGAGUCGCGACGACUACGUUAUGGUCGGGUCGAUUAGUUGGUCGAGUUGGACUUGGACGGGGCGGGCUCGCAGAACGCUGUCUGGCCAUGGAAGAUCUCCUUGCACAGCGCUUCCAUGGCACUGAGGCCGCGCGCGGCAGUCUCGGCGCCGCGACUCACCGAGAACGAUUCGAGUUUCUGCGACACAAACGGCACGAACGCACUGAUUUCUGCAUCCUGGGUGUACAUGGUGUGCGCCAACGCGCCCCCUUCGCCUGCAGGGUGGGGUCUGUACACGCACGACUCGUGCACUGUGGCCACUGACCGAUACGACAAGUUGGUGGACUUGAGGUGGAGGGUCUUGGCGACGGGGUUGCAGAUCGUCUCUUCGUACACGUACGAGAACUUGCCCAUCAUGCUCACUACCCAGGACGGCAUGUUGUUCUGUGUGCACUUGAUCAAUCGGGCCGUGUGCAGGCGACCAUCUGCGUCCAUGUAGCGCGACAGCACAUCCACGCGCUCCACGUGCGUCAGCGUGGCGUUCGGGUACUUGUUCCAGAACGCGCGGGACACUACAUCCCACGAGUACGGGUACUCGUGCUCCGUCGUCUGAUGCAGCACCAUGUCCUUCGACUGGUAGCUGGGCGGAAUGAAAUGUGGUUGCGGGUUGACCCAACGCC